CUUGAUCGCCGGCCCACGCUUCCUUGAGCCAAACCUGGCCAAACGCGCUUCGUUCCAAAGUGUUCACAUAGCUCAGCAUGGACUCAGAUACAGAGAUGAUGGACAUUGGACCCUUCUCCUCCGCUGAGAAGGGAAAGGGCAAAGCUUCGGACCCUCCACCCGCAACCGAGGUGGACUUGGACACACUCCCCUGGGUCGAAAAAUACAGACCUGUUACUCUGGACGACGUUGUAUCUCACAAGGAUAUCGUUUCCACCAUUGAUAAGUUCAUUCAAAAGAAUCGUUUGCCACAUCUACUCUUCUAUGGACCUCCCGGAACCGGAAAGACGUCGACGAUCCUUGCGGUUGCGCGGCGCAUAUACGGGAAGGACUAUAAGAAGCAAAUUCUAGAGCUCAACGCGUCGGAUGACCGAGGCAUCGACGUCGUGCGCGAACAAAUCAAGCAAUUCGCCGAAACGCGCACCCUGUUCUCAAAAGGCUUCAAACUCAUCAUCCUUGACGAAGCGGACAUGAUGACGCAACAAGCCCAAGCCGCCUUGCGUCGUGUCAUCGAGCAAUACACCAAGAACGUUCGCUUCUGCAUUAUCUGCAACUACGUGAACAAGAUAGCGCCGGCAAUUCAGAGCCGAUGCACACGCUUCCGAUUCUCGCCUCUGCCCAUCCAGGAAGUGGAGAAACGUUUGGACACAGUGAUUGAAGGAGAGCAAGUUCGAUUAACUGCUGAUGGGAAGAAAGCACUGCUGAAGCUAUCUCGGGGCGAUAUGCGACGUGCUCUGAAUGUCCUGCAGGCGUGCCAUGCCGCUUACGAUAUCACGAGUGAGACUGAAGUAUACAAUUGUACGGGGCACCCUCAUCCAUCCGACAUCGAAACCAUCGUCAACUCGAUGCUGUCCGACGAAUUUACCACCUCAUACCAAUUGAUCAACAAAAUGAAAACCGAACGCGGUUUGGCGCUGCAAGAUUUGUUGACUGGUGCAUUUGACUACAUCGAGGGUCUCGAGCUCAAACCUCAUGCACGAAUAUAUCUGUUGGACUACAUCGCCACGAUCGAACAUCGAUUAUCGACGGGAGCUAGCGAGAAGAUCCAGCUGAGUGCUUUGCUGGGCGUUUUCAAGAACGCCGUGGAACUGUCCUCAAAGUAGACAUUUGAAUGAUACACAUUGUUGGAUACAGUUUUUGAUCUAAGAUAUAAUCUCCAG